CCAUCACCCUCCCAACUAUAAAGCUCGCCUCGCGACGCCGCCGCCGCCGCCAGCGAGAGGAGAAACCCUACCCCGCGCAGCCGCAGCCGCAGCCCGUCGCCGCCCCGAACUCCGGCGCGUGCCCGAGCUCCACCAGCCGCUGCCGCCAUGUCGCUGAUCGCGGGGGAGGACUUCCAGCACAUCCUGCGUCUGCUUAACACCAACGUGGAUGGCAAGCAGAAGAUCAUGUUCGCCAUGACCUCCAUCAAGGGUGUUGGCCGCCGCUUCUCCAACAUCGUAUGCAAGAAGGCCGACAUCGACAUGAACAAGCGGGCUGGUGAGCUGUCAUCAGAUGAGCUUGAGCGCCUCAUGACUGUAGUUGCCAACCCUCGCCAGUUUAAGGUCCCUGACUGGUUCCUCAACAGGAAGAAGGAUUACAAGGAUGGUAGGUUCUCUCAGGUUGUUUCCAAUGCCCUUGACAUGAAGCUCAGGGAUGACCUUGAGAGGCUGAAGAAGAUCAGGAACCACCGUGGUCUGCGUCACUACUGGGGCCUGCGUGUUCGUGGCCAGCACACCAAGACCACCGGGAGGCGUGGAAAGACUGUCGGUGUGUCAAAGAAGAGAUAAGCUCCUUGAGGCAUAUUGGUCUUAUCUUGAGUUUCUUUUGUAUGCAGACAUUUGUGCUUUGAUAUGCCACAGGAUGUUUAUUAUCUGUAGGAUAGAUGAGAGUUCCGCUUUACAAGACUUCUAUAUAUUGUAGCAAUCUUUUGCUGCCUGUGUUCCAAGAGGGUUGAAUUGAAUGUUCUGUGAAACGGGUAAAAGUUUUAUAUGCUUGUUUUUGCUGUGUUUCCUCGGAGGUCAUUUUGCUAGUGAAAGCUGACAAGAGCCGAUUUGUUCUACGA